AGCUUAUGUGUACAUGAGGAGAAGGCACCAGAAUAUUCGUAGAAAUAGACUGCUUAGAGACUACGACAACCCUUUGGACUAUUUAGAUGACUUUGAUAUCAUACGUAGGUACUGAUUGUCGCGUCCAAUGAUUCUUGAUUUGUGCAGAAGAUUUGAUAAUGAAUUACACAGACCAACAAUGAGGUCCCGUGCAUUGCCUGUUUCUUUGCAGAUAAUGGCAGCACUUCAAUUUUUUGCCACAGGGAGUUUUCAGCUUGUAAAUGCUGAUGUGCAUUACAUAUCUCGAUCCAGUGUUUCAAGAUGUGUACGAGAUGUAACGCAGUGUUUGGUCAAUGUAUGCAAUCAACACAUUAUUAUGCCUACAGAUGCAGCUAGUUUAGAAAUUAUAAAGCGUGAUUUCUAUGAAAUUGCAGACUUUCCUAAUGUAGUAGAUGCCGUUGAUGGAACUCAUGUACGGAUCAAAUCUCCAUCAGUAGUUGAGCAUAUUUUUGUAAAUCGCAAAAAUUUCCAUUCAAUUAAUGUACAAGGAGUUUGUGACUCUAAUUUGAAAUUUCUGAACAUAGUCUCACAGUGGCCAGGAGCAACCCACGAUGCUUUCAUUUGGUCUAAUUCAACUGUGUAUGAAUUAUUCGAGAAUCGAACAAUAUCAGACGGAUGGCUAUUUGGGGAUACCGGAUACCCUGUUAGACCUUGGUUAUUGACACCCGUUUUGAACCCCACUACCAGAAAGCAACAAAGUUACAACGGGGCACACAUGAGAACAAGAAAUGUUGUCGAACGAGGUUUUGGUGUGUUAAAAGCACGUUUCCGCUGUAUAGAUACUAGUGCUGGAACUUUGUUGUAUUCCGCUUUAAUGUGUUGUCGCAUUGUUGUUGCUGUUGCUGUCCUACACAAUUUGUGUAUAGAUAACAGAAUACCUUUACCACCAGACAGAAAUGAUUUUCCUGACCAUGGACACAUGGCCGGACCAGCCUAUAAUGGACCUUUGAACGACGGGGCAAUUGUUCGUGAAAGACUGAUAAAUGGAAGGUUUUGACUGAAUUAAUAAUAAAGUCGUAUGAUUUAAAUAAUGAAUUCUAUGUAGUUUGUCUGUAUUGAUUGAUUGAUUAUUAAUGAAGUAUGUAGAGUUGCACCGGAAAUUGAGCUUUGAA